CACGGCCAUAUAUCCAUAGUACUUAUUUGAUAACAGUUAAAAAAAUAAAAAUGUUCUUAAAAUUGCCAUUAACUAUGCAACCAACCAGCUGGAUGCAUAACAAUUCAAUUUAUGUUAAAUAAUUUGUAGGUAUUGUGAUUGUAAAUCAUUAUUUAUUGUAUGGUAUUUAAUUAAAACAAGAUCUAUCGACCAUGAAGUUCUUGAAUAUCAGAAAUAUAUUUAAUUUAUGCAAUAAAACGUUGUGGCCUAGUCAAUGUUUUCAAUUAUCAUUUCUAAAAUGCGAAUUUCCAGUGUGUCGUCAUUUAUCUACGACGGCACCAGGAGUUCCUAGUACAUUGUUGAACAAUUUGGGUGUACGGUCAUACUUGGAUAAACUCAUAUCCGAAGAGUAUUCAGAUACCAUGUCUAAACCUAAGGUGUCUGCCUUGAUAAACACUAUACGUUUAUUAAAAGUCGAUUUAAAAUCACUUUAUGAGUUUGAUACAGGUCAAUAUAAUAUAUUACUAUUAUUAUACAAUAUUAGCUUAUUACCUAUUCAAAUAUAAAACAAAUUUCUGAAUUGAUACUUAAUAGUACUAUGUUUGUUACUCAAGAAAAGGAAAAUGACAAAGAAUUUUGUACACAAUUACAAAAAGAGAAAGGGUCACUAGAAGAGCAAUUGAAAGAACUAGAACUGGACGUAUGUAUGAUUUUAUAUAUAUUUUGACUUUUUAUCAAGGAAAGAUUUGUUACUUAAAAUAUUUGUUUUUGUUUAUAACAAAGUUAAGCAUUUAUUGUUGUACCACAUUCUUUUAGACAUGAUAAUUAGUUUUCAUUUUAUAAAUAAAUUAUUGUUAAUAUUUUCUAUAUUUAUGGAGAACAUUUAAAAUUUUAAAAAUUGUAAAUAUUUUUAAAUUUGAAGUUCGAUAAUUUUUUUUUAUUUUGUUACUGUCUUAUGUUUGAUAAAAAUUUAAAAAAUUGCCUCAAAGAAAAAAAAUAUAAACAAAUACUACUUUAAAAAUGUACCUUAUUAAUUAUCUACUAUUAUUAAAAUAAUAAUCAAUUUUUUUUUAUUUCAAAUAUUUCAUUGAUAUUUUAAAUAUUUUUGUUCAAUAAAAAGCAAAUUAUUAAAUACAAUUAAAUACAUAUUGGAUUUGUAACAUUUUAAUCAUAUAUGAAUUGUAAUCUGUGUUUGUAAAUAAAUAUACCUUAUAAAGAAUUAUAUAUUAAAAUAUUUGGUAAGUUCAUAUGAAUUGUAUAUGAUUCAAAUAUUAAUUACUUAUAAAAACAUUAAAAACAAAAAUGAUUAAGAUUUUGUGAAGAAUUAAAAAUAUUUUGAGUUUCUAAACCUUUGUACAGAUAAAAUUGUACAAUUUUUAUAAUCAUUCAGUAUUUUCUAGCUUUUAAGUUGUUUGGUACCAAACAAUGAAAUUAAAUGUGAAGAUAUAAUGUUGGAAAUAACAGCUGGAGUUGGAGGUCAAGAAGCCAUGAUUUUUACACAAGAACUUUUUGAAAUGUAUAGUUCUUUUUCACACUAUAAAGGAUGGCAAAGUGAAAUUGCUGAUUAUAUCCAUACUGAUAUGGGUAAUUUUUAAAUAAACAAAAACAAAUCAAUUGAAUAAAAUUUUAACAUCAAUUUGAAUUAUACUUUAGGAGGUAUACGUCAUGCAUGCCUAAUGAUAUCAGGUAAUAAUUGUUAUCGUUUACUGCAACACGAAGGUGGUGUACACCGUGUUCAACGCGUUCCGAAAACAGAAAAAUCUGGAAGGAUACAUACAAGUACUGUGACAGUGGCCAUUUUACCCCAACCAACUGAAGUAAUUUAUUAAAUUAAAUAAAAAUAUAACUAUCUUAUAUUGAAUAAUUGGAGUAGAAACAAAAACAUUAUAGGACAAACAGUUUUUAAACCAUUUGUUAUAAUAUAUUAACCGAUCAUUGAUUACAUUACUUAUAAUAAUUUAUUUUAAAAUUGUUGCUAACUGUCUCAAUAUGUAUAUUAUUAGAUUUUGAGUGGAGCGAAGAAGCUUAUGGCUUUACAAUAAUGUUAAUAUUUUUUUUUUUUUUAUCUGUGAACAACUACCAGCAAUUUUGCUCUGAUUUACAAUGAUAGCACUUUUUCUGAAAGGAAAUUUGACUGGAGUGGUUUAUUAGAGAGGUAAUUUUUUGAUUUUCCCAGGAGUUUUUUCAAUAAAUGGGAAAACAUAAAAAAAAACCCGUGAGAACAAGAAGAACAAGAAAAUAGGUACAAUAUUAAACAAAUAUUUAAGAAAAUGUUUAAUGCAUAUUUAAUUAUUUUACCAUAAUAUGACAUAUAUAUUAUAAAUUGUUGACAAAGCGACACUAUCAACUGAACUCCGCUCAAAAUCGUUUAUUCGUUAGCAAUGGUAAAUAAUUGCUUAUAGAUAUACAUUAAAUUUCCAUCUAUAUUUUACUUUUCCAACUUUCCACCUACAACAGUGGCUGCACCCAACUUUUUUAAUUCAAUCUUUUAAUUUUAGCUAGAAGUUGUGAUUAAUGAUAGAGAUUUGGUUAUAGAAACUAAGCGAGCAAGUGGAGCAGGUGGCCAACAUGUCAACAAAACUGAUAGUGCGGUUAGAAUGCACCAUAAACCAACAGGUUAUAUAUCUCAUAUAAAUAUAAUUAUUUUUCCCAAGUACUUGCUACUUAGUAAUCAUGUUUUCAAAAUGUAUAUUGUAUUAUCAGGUGUUGUAGUUGAAUGUCAAACAGACAGGUCACAAAUUAAAAAUAGAAAAAUAGCUUUACAAAAAUUAAGAGUGAUAAUUUAUCAAAGGCAACUUAAAGAACAACAAUUGUUCACCAAGUCUGCCCGGAAACAACAGGUAAAUAUUAUAUUGAAUCAACUGUUUUAACCAAAUUUAAUAUGUUCCAUUUAAUCAGGUUGGUUCUAGUGCUAGAUCAGAAAAAAUUAGAACAUAUAAUUUCAAUCAAAAUCGUAUCACAGAUCAUCGUUUAUGUCAAAAUUUUCACAACUUAUUGGUCUUUUUAGAAGGUGGAGAAUAUUUGGAUAACAUAAUCAAUAAAUUGCAAGAAAGAUCAAAUGAAAUACUAUUAAAUGAGUUUAUUGAAAGUAUUUCUGAAAAAAUAUAAAUGCUCUUUAACUUGUAUAAAAUGAAAAUUGAACUAGAAUUAUUUUUUUUAAAAUAAUUAUAAUUUAAAUAAAUAUAAGAAUAUUUAGUAAUAACAGAGUAUUGUAUGAGUUAAGAUUUGUAUAUAGGUGCAUUUAGAUUCCUAGAAGAUCUGACAUUUGAAAUAACUUCUUCUGAUCAAUAUAUUAGUGUUUUUUCUUAAAAUAAUUUCUUAAGUGUUGGCCAUGAUUCCUUUUCUUUAUAUUUUUCAUAUUAUUUUAGAUUCUAAGCGAAGUAUUGGUUUUACAAUGAUAUAUUUGUUUAUUUUUUUUUUUUCCUGUGGACAACAUUUCUACCAUUAAUUUUUUUUCAAUUUAUAAUGAUACCAUUUUUUCGGAAAAGAAAUCUUGACUGGGGUUAGGUACUUUUUUAAUAUUCCUUUGAUUUUUAAAUAGGAAAAAAUAGAGGAAAACAGGAAAAUUUACGAAAUGUAGAUAUUAGGAAUAAAACACCUUGAACAAUUUUAUUUGACAAGUUUUGAUAGAAACCAAAAGAACUUAAAUUACAUUUCAAGUUCAGGUGUUUAUGGGAAUCUGCAAUUAAACCUGUGAACGGGAUUUGAGUUUUUUAACAAGUUUUUUGUACACAUAGAACACCAUUUAAGUAUGAGAUUAUGAUGUCUAUUUCUUUGUUUUGUGUGCGUAGAUCUAAUUCUUCAUGUCAUUAUGUUUUUGUUUUAUGAAGGCUAUUAACCAAUAUAAAACUGGUUGGUUGACUAUCAUGAGAGUGAGAUAAGCUAGCGAACUUGGACCACACAUUCUUAAGCAAAGGCCUUAAUUUAGGAAGUGGCAAAUGGCAAUAAAAACAAUUAAAAUUAUUGUACAUUUCAACAAAUUGUGAAAAAUGAAUGAUUUAUUAUUAGUAAAUAUUUGUUAUACCAAAAUUUUGUUUUAAAAUAUAUUUUAUAUUUUGAACGUUAAUUUAAAAAAAAAAAAAAAUACAAAUAAAAGAAUCAUAACACAAUGUUCUAGUAAUAACAAGGAAAAAACUUUAAAAUAUUGAACAGAACAAAAGUUAUUUCAGCUACUUACCGUUAAUUGCCACUAAAUUAUUAAUUAAGAGUUGAAAUAGUUAACAUUUAUUACUUUUUAUUAUUACUAAAUAUUUGCAUAUUUAUUUAAAUAAUUAUUUCAUUUACAAACUUAUGGUUAGAAUAAAAUAUUUAAUACUUGGACAAUUUUUUCAUAGAUUGGGUAAUAACUGUCACCUACGCACAUAAUAUAGGGUUAAUUAGAAUAUUAUAUAUAUAAAAAUGUAUGAUAUUUCUAAUGAAUAAUUUAAUAAGUUAUUGUCUUAGGAAGUGUUGUAAAUUGGACUAAAUUCUUCUGAAGUUUUAAUUGGUAUUCAGUGUACAUAAAUAUUAGUUUUUAGUUUAAUUUAGAAGUAUAAGUCUUAGAUCAUAGUUAUAAUUGUAAAUAAAAUCUUUAGAUAGAUUAUACAUUGUGUUAAUAAAAACAUUAUAUUAAAUGUUCUAAACAAUAACUGAAUUUUACAUAUUAUAUUGUUACCACAAUGUACGCCUCUGAUGUUUAAGUUCCUAUUUUAUAUUAUAAUCUAAUAUUCUGAUUAAUAGAAUAUUAAAUUAAAUAUAUUGUUGAAUGAUAAUAUUUUGAAUUGAUUAUAAUAAUAAAUGUUUGUAACACAUGUUAAAUUUUAAUAGACGCAAUAGACAAAACAUUUAAUUUAAAAUAAAUAAUUAUUACAAGUAAUUAUCGAAACAUAAGUAGGAGGUUUGAAAUUUUGAUUUAAAAAUAAAAAAUUAUAAAAACCAUAUAAAAUUGAACAUAUAAAAAAAAAUGAAUAAUGAUGGCGUAAUUAUUGUACCCUUGCCACAUUUUUUUUCAUAAAUUAGAUGCUCCUGAAAAACAAAACAAAUUAAAAAUUAGGUUAAGUAUUGAUAAAUUCAAUUUUUUAUAGCUUUUCAUUGUUUAUAAUAAUUAAAAAGUUCUACUUACAUCAGGAUGUGUUUUUAUGCAAGCAGUUUUAGGUCUACAUCGUGGCAACCUGUUAGAUGCUUUAUGACAACUCAACGAAUUAUUAAAGUUUUCAUAAGUGACUACUUCUUGUGGCACUGUAUCAAAAUUGAUAUUCUUUAAUUUGUCGGUCAUGCAUCUAUCAUUAACAACCAAUAAAAUUAAAUUGGUAUUCAUUAUUUUACGCACUUCAAAAGGUCUGUAAUAAAUGAUAUAAAAACAUAAUAUGUGCAAACAGUGUAUUUUAAACAUGUAUAAUAUAAUUUACAUAUGACAUGAAUUUUUGCGGUCGAUAUUAUCUAGCGUAUUCAAAAUUAGUGUGUACAAAUCAACUACACGGUCACAAGUUUUUGGACGAGUACGGUUUAUCAUUACGUAUCUUAAUGCUGCUUCACCUUCUAACUUAGAAUUACUUUGAGUUCCUACAUACUUGUUAUUAUUUACUUCUUCGUCAUCUUGAUAGUCUGAUGCUAAAAACCACAAUAUUAUGACAUAAAAUGAGACAUUUAGGUAAUAAUUAUUAAAAUUAAAAAUAUAAUUAUACUAAACUGCUUUCAAAUAUGGCUUGAGCCUGAGACACCAUCCACUGAAAAUUAGAAUUAGCAGCCAACCAUAACACACGUCCUAUUAACCAUCCUAUUAAAUUUUUGAAAUGGUGUAUUGGCUAAAA